CUCCGACCUCGGUCGUGCUCCGUCACCUCCAUCGCAUCUGGCUAGCUUAGUGCGCGCUCCUCUCGCUCAAGGAGCGAGACGCGCGAUGAUAGGUGCGUUCGCCGCCAUUCACUCGCCUUCCGGGUGACGGCGAGCAACCCGAGGACGGGCGUCGGCGUGGCCGUAACUGGUACCGUGUACAUACUGUGAAGCGAGUUGAGGAACAACGAGCGACGGGGAUAAAGAGCGACGGAGAUAAAGAGCGACGGAGAUAAAGAGGGACGGAGUGAGGGAAGCAGGAGACACACACAUACAUCGUGAUGGGGAGCCUGGGGAGAGCUCUUUACAAUGUUGGGUUCUGGAUAAGGGAGACUGGUCAAGCAUUAGACCGAUUGGGAUGCCGUUUGCAAGGGAACUACGCCUUCAAAGAGCAAUUGUCGAGACAUAGGACCAUCAUGAACCUUUUCGACAAAGCGCCGGUUGUUCCUAAAGAUUGCUUUGUGGCACCCAAUGCGGCUGUGAUUGGGAAUGUUUCUGUAGGACAGAAAACAUCAAUUUGGUAUGGCUGCGUGUUGAGAGGAGAUGUCAACAGCAUCAGUGUUGGUUCCAUGACAAACAUCCAGGAUGGCACAAUUGUGCAUGUUGCUAAGAACAAUGUUAGCAGCCAAGCGGUACCAACUAUCAUUGGUGACAAGGUGACAGUUGGGCAUAACGCUGUACUUCAUGCUUGCACUGUGGAGGAUGAAAGCUUUGUUGGGAUGGGAGCCACUUUGCUCGAUGGAGUGACCGUCCAGAAAGGUGCAAUGGUGGCUGCGGGGGCUCUCGUCACUCCAGGAACAACUGUUCCAUCAGGCCAGAUUUGGGCAGGCAAUCCAGCGAAAUUUCUCAGGAAUCUUACCGCUGAUGAGUCCCAGUUUAUUGCCAAGUCAGCAGAGAGCUAUGCACAGCUAGCUUCUAUACAUGCUGAGGAAUGUGCCAAGUCAUUUGAAGAGAUCGAGGCAGACAAAGAGGCGAGGAAAAAGGCUGCUCAGCAAGAUGAUGAUUAUGACUCUCAUAUUGGGAUCAUCAGGCCAACCACAAGAACGACUGCACCGUCGACAAGCUGAGUGAUUGUCACUGUGGUGGGCUUAGAACGAGCUUAGUGCCUGAGGUUUGGUCGCUACUGGAUCGCAACGUAGUUUCUCUGGUUUGAAGCACUAGUACCCCGUCCAGCUACUGGGGAGAAUGCGGUGGUUAACACAACGCCAUGGACGGAGGAGGCCUCUACCGAUCAGGAAUGCCGGCGCCGUCGGGUAGGAGGCCCUUGCUUAUGAUUGUGGUGUAUUCUGGGGGCAUGCAGAAUCACACAUUUGAAAAGAGAGGCUCGGAGGUACUGGCGGCUUAAAUUGCACAUUGGGUGAAAGGGCCAGAGUUACUCGCAGCUUAAAGUCACACAUUGGAAAAAAGAGGCUCAGAGGUGCUGGCAGUUUAAGCACCAACUAGGUGGGACCUCACUUUGGGAGGGCCAACCCUCUCCGAUUGUGAACCAGACACAGCAAGCAGGUGAAAGAAAGCAGGUGAAGCUACUGGAUGCAGCUGACCUCUGGUGCUGUUACCAUAUUUACCUGUGCGCAUGUGCAGUGGGGUAUGUGCACAUUACACUUUGUGUUGUGCACUGUGUAGUGCAGAAAAGCUUGUGAAAUGAACCCAGUCAGAUGGAAAGCUCAACAAUGUCGGAGUACAGAAUGUCUCAAAGCAGUUUCAAUGUCUCCAAGAUCAUAUAUGUAAUCAAGAGUCCAAUGUCUCGUAACCAGAGAAGAAGCUUUUAUGGGAGGAAGAUAAGAUUUAGAGGGCGGAAGAGAAAGAACUCAUCAGCGAAGCAGAUAGAUCUCCUUCACAGGCCCACUCCUCCCACUCGCCACGUCAGCAGACACUCUCCUCUGACACGCUCUGACAACGAACAAGUCUCAACGUCGUGCACACGGUGCAGACUCCUUCUGAAGACAACAGCAAUACGCAAUGUCGAGACAAUCGGAACAAGUAAGCUCUCCUUUUUUUUUUGACCAAUCUCACAGCCCUGAUCCUCCUCCUCGCCGAUAUCUCAUCAACGUCGUAGACAGUGUGGCAAGUUCCACGUCAGCAUAAUCAAGAGACUGGCUGGUGCCACAGACAGAGGAGGGCACCAGCGCCAAGCAGUAGCAGUCUUUGUCAUCGUCCAACAUCAACCCAGCGUAUAGCCAGCAACGAGCCAGCGUAGUGCCAGCGCUUUGCCAGUGUCAAGCAGCAUGUGCAAGACUGAAUGUCGGUCAGCAGGGGCUGGGUCAACAUAUAGUGUUAACUCCGGUUGACCAUCCUUGGGUCUCUCAGAUACGAUGGUCAAGAUCGACUCUCAGCCAAUGGCCCGGAUCCCAUACAGUUGCAGAUUCCCACUUGGAUAUUCUUAACAGAUGUCUGCAAACAGCCAUGUGUGUGUGUCUGAUCGGUGGCCUGGGCUUGACUUUGACUGGUGAGCCUGAGUUUCCGUGCUGCUAAUGACCUUUGGCUUUCCACGGUCAACUGUUGCACGUUGGGCCUCUGAAGCCCAGUUUUAGGCCUUGCUUCGGGUACCCACAGUA